UGGGAUGUCCGGUAAAGCUGCGCUGUAGACGAUCUUUGCGCUGCACACGAAAAGGAAAGGAAACGCCGACUUCUCCAUUCCAAACCCCCCUCUUCUCUCUCUCAUCUUUAGCAGGAGCGAAUGUUUGAUCGAUCGGAAGCUGGAAGACGAGUCACGUUUAUUUCUCACUUUUUAGGCUUCCCCUGAUUGUUUGUGGACUGGCCUCCCUCCCUCAGAGCCUGCUGUUGACCGUGAGGGAUUUUGCUUCCAGACGCCAGUUUUCAUCGACUGCACAAACUUGAUAGGCAGGCAAGCUAGCUAGCUAGCCACCUAGCUAACUUGCUAACUAGCUUGCAGUGUUGUUAAGGGGGACCUCGUUUUCCUUUCUUUUUUCCCCCCCUUCCCCUUGUCAGUGUUGGAGUGUUUUUGUUAUUGCGCUGUAACUGGCUGUGGGUGCGUCCCCUGACACCUGAAGACUGUUUGCGGGUGAAGUUUAAGCCGGUUGUUCGCAGCUAGCGUGCUCGAUACAGCUUGCUAGCUCGCUAGCUAACACCCUGCGCAUUUAGCCUGGAAGCCAGUUCGAGGCCUCAGUCCAGCACCACCUCCAGCAGCAGCUACCACAGUGUUUGCAGAGCCGUAUAGUGAGAGUUGACAGCUUACUUGGUGACACAGAGACUUCUCCCUGAGGAGCCAAGAAGCAGACGGCUCAUGACUUCUGACCAGGACACGAAAGUUGUAGCUGAACCACAGGUGCAGCAAGUACAAGAGGCAAAAGAGAACUCUCAUUUGGAAUCUGCCAAGGUUUCGGACCUCAACCCCAAUGCGAAAGCAUGGGCCAACCACAUGUUUAGCCUGGACCCCAGCGGGACUGCCGACACCACAACUGCUGCCCUGCAGCCAUGGAAGGAAGGCUGCGAUAGUUCGGCCGACCCCGGCCCAGAAGGCUAUGAAGCCAGUGAAGACAAGGCUUACAAGGAGCCCCUUCUAACCGACCCAGAUGAGCCUCCACCGGUACCAGUAAUGCUGGCUGAGCCAGCCGCCGUCACUCUGGAGUGCUCCGAGCCAGCCUACACAGAACACCCCGAGCCUGGGCAGCCAGGGCACACAGGCAGUGAUCCCCAGCCUGACAACCCCCAGGAGGGCUUGAGAGAGCACCUGAAGAAGACCCUGGAGUUCUGUCUUUCCCGGGAGAAUCUGGCCAGUGACAUGUACCUCAUCUCCCAAAUGGACAGUGACCAAUAUGUGCCAAUUGUGACGGUGGCCAACCUGGACCACAUCAAAAAGCUCAGCACGGACGUGGAGCUGAUUGUGGACAUCUUACGAUCUUUGCCAUUGGUCCAGGUGGAUGAGAAGGGGGAAAAGGUGCGACCCAAUCAGAACCGCUGCAUCGUGAUCCUCAGAGAGGUUCCAGAGAGCACGCCCAUAGAGGAGGUCGAGGCUCUUUUUAAGGGGGACAACUUACCCAAGUUUAUCAACUGUGAAUUUGCCUACAAUGACAACUGGUUCAUCACUUUUGAAUCAGAAGCAGAUGCACAGCAGGCAUAUCAGUAUCUCCGUGAGGAAGUGAAGACUUUCCAAGGGAAGCCAAUAAAGGCGAGGAUAAAGGCGAAGGCAAUCGCUAUCAACACUUUCAUACCAAAGAACGGUUACCGGCCGGUGGAGGUGAACCCAUACGCUCAGCAGCGCUACACAUCCUACUACAUCCCGCCGGUUUACAGCCCCCAGCAGCAAUUCCCCUUAUACAGCCUCAUCACGCCGCAGGCCUGGUCGGCCACACACAGCUUCAUCGACCCCGCGCUGGUUACUCCAUUUCACAACAACCAGUUCAUCAACGGAUUUACAUCACACAGUUUCAAACCAGCGACGUCGCCCCUCACUGUCAGACACUACUCGCCCAGGAACAGGAAUCACAGCAAACCUCACCUGAGGCCGACCAUCCCCACAGCGGAUCGCAGCACUGGGCUACUGGACAACCCGAGCUUCUUUGCCAGCUUUCCCAGCGAGAGGCUCAAUGGGGCUCGCAACAGCCCGCCAACGCGACUCCCCACCAGCCAGCCCAGAACCAGGUUACCCUCCACUGCAGCCUUCCCUCGCAGGGACACUGUGGGCACGGGGCGAGUAACGGAGCCCGCAACCACAGACUACUCCCUGGGGAUCGGCCGAGGAAGGAAAAAUGUUUCUGCUUCUAGGAAAAAGAGGGACGAAAAGUUUACAAGAGUGACGCCUCAGUCGCCGCCUCCGCCCCCAAAACCUCCAUCUCCAAGCUUCGAGCUGGGUCUCUCCAGCUUCCCUCCUCUGCCCGGAGCAGCCGGCCAGCUCAAAACUGACGACGUCUUUGACAGCCGACUGGCCAGCAGCGUAGUGGUCGGAAACUCCAAGGAACGGAAUGUAAGUGCUGAAUCCAGUAGUGGAGGCACUCUCUCCCCAGCGGGUCCCAAAGAGCCUCUCCGGUCUUCAACGUCCCCGAUGGCCACAACCUUCCAGCCUUCGCCGACCACCCCGACCACGACCCCCGCCUCGACGCUGACCCCUUCCCCUGGCACGCCGCACAGUCCCGCUCCCUCCCUCCCAGUAACGGAGGUGAAGGUGACAGAGGUGAAGCCGAAGGAGGUGCAGCUGUCUGUGGAGCGAGUUCCUGGGACUCUGUCCACUGCAAGCAAAUCGGUGCAAGUCAACGGUGCUGCCACAGAGCAGAGGAAGCCCUCCUACGCCGAGAUCUGCCAGCGGGUGAAGGAUGCCCCGACGUUACAGCAACCCACCACCCCUAAGGAAGCUAAGCCAGCCUGCGCCGCCACAGCAGGCGAGGAGAGGAAGUGCCCCGACGCCUCCACGCCUUCAGGGGAGGCCAAGGCCAGAGAGACUUACCACCCCUCCUCCAAACCCGGUUCAACGGGUUCCACCACAGGCAGACCCCCAAAGGAGCUCCGAAGGCCGGGUGGGCGGUGGGCCUCUCCGCCCCCACACCCAGGGAAAACCCCCAACAAAGAUUCCCACCACACCCCACCCAAGUCCCCGCAGUAGGGUGACUCCCUUUCCCUCCCCAAGUCCUCCAACCCCACUACUAUGCUCCACAGAUGUGUUUAAAAAAAUAAAGGAAAUACAAGUCAGGGCUACUUGAUACUUAUAUCCCAGAAUCACCCGUCACAAACAAGCAUAGAGGACGCCUUCUUUUCUGGAUCAGGGCUUGCAGACAAAAAGCACUUUACUGUGCAUGUAGAGCACCGUUUCUUUUUCUUUAUAUUCUAUUUAUUGUUUUUGGUUUUUCACUUUUAUUUCUCCUUUUCUCUUUUUGCAUUACGUAGUGGUGUCAGCCUGUCAGGUGGCACAGACAACACUGAAAUUUAUUCAUUCUGUCCAAAUGGCCUUGUGGGAUUAAAUUAGCUGUGUGCGUGCGUGCGUGCGUGCGUGCGCGUGUGUGUGUGUGCGUGCGCGUGUGUGUGUGUGCGUGCGCGUGUGUGUGUGUGCGUGCGCGUGUGUGUGUGUGCGCGCGCAUGUGUGAGAAGCAGCAGGGCAUUGUUGGAAGCCACCCCAAAGGAUGAUGGGAAAGGGUGCAUAAAACAGACUCCAUCUUGUUUGGCUCUCAUAAUGAGGGGUUUGUUUGCAUGUUGAGUGGCAGCAUUGUGAAACUUUAAGUGGCUUAAUUAUGGGUCAUUAUUAGUCUUUUUGUUUUUAAAUACAUACUCACAUCCAUAUGCAACUCAACAUCACAAGAAGACUUGGAUCCUUUGGUUUACAUAGAUUCUUUUGCAGAUUUGUUUACACUAGGUGGCUUUUGUGUCUUUUUUCUUUUUGGCUUUGUUUGCAAACCAUAGUUGGCUGUUGGUACAGUAAUUGGUCAUCCUCCCCUCGGCAUCUUCUUCCUCUGAUCCUGUUCUUCUUAAAGGAUCGCCCCUCCUGCUGUUAUUCCCUCUCUGUUUUCUAACAUGCUAACUCACCAUAGUGUUCGUCUGUGGCCUAACGUGGGGUCAGCGCUGUUUUGUUUUUUAGUAUCACACAGGAAGGGCACAUGACUUUCUCUAAAACGAGGCAUCUGUUGGAAAAGUGGAAGUAGGUGAGGUGUUGCUCACACUGCAUGUGUGUCUGAAGACAUUGAACUAGUCAGGAAGCUAAAUUCUAUCCCCGCUUUUCAUUUCCUGUCAAACUGUGGAUCAUUAUUGUGGAAGGAAGGAAGAUGCAGGGCAGGUUUUAGGCUGACAAACUUAAAAUCGAGCGGUGACGAGGAAGCCGCUUCUUCCCAUCUGAAAGGGUUUUGUUUAUUCUGGAGGCGAGGAAACGAUGGCAAGCAGGAAGGAGGAAAUUAACACUAGCUACCAGCUAUCAGUUCAGUAAACACGUCUGUUUACAGGCGCCAAAUGGAGGUUUUUUUGGUUUUUGUUUGAUUUUCUGAAAAUCUGCUGAGACAGAAUGACUCAUCAGGAAGCUGAGAUGUGUGUUAGUUUCCUUCCAUAAAAUGGCACAAGUCCAGAGUUCAGUGUGGCGAUUUGAUUGGAUCCAGUGGGAAGUUUCCUGUUCAAACUGUUCAAACCUCCUUUCAAACGGUGGCAUGUUUGUAGUUCUUUCUCCUACUUAUGGUGCUAGAUAUCAAAACCUGGAACCUGUUACUACAACUCCUCUGAUACUGUAAGUAGAAAUACUUGAUUUACAUCUGCAGAAUUUUAAUUGCACUGUUGUUGUUUUCUCAGACUCUCGCAAGCAAAUUCAUGCGAUUAAUCCUACCUAAAGUGAAAAAAGGGACUAACUUUGUUUUGUUUUGUUUUUUGGGGGGAAAGUUGGGGAAUGACACACAGUUCAGUUUUCCAGGAAGUUGAUGAACACCCUGCUGCAUCAUCUCCAUUGACACAAUCACUGAAGCCUUUUUGUUUUGUCGGUCAUGUUGAAGCGUCUGUGCAGCAUUAAAUUUUUGAAGACUGAUGCUUAAAGUUUUUUGUUCGUUUGUUUGUUUUUGGUUGGUGCUGCUUGAAUAGACAUGCAGUGGUUUGGAUUUUUAACUUCUGGUUUCGUGUCAGUGAGGAUUUCGUUGGAAAGUGGUGAAAAUGGGGAAUUGGGAUGGUUGAAUAGACGAGUAUAUUUUUAUGAAACUAAACUGAUGAAGGUAAAUAAUGAGUGGAUUUUUGUUUCUUUUGUUUUUUUUUCUGGAACGUGGUUUGCAAAGUUGAAGCGAGAUAGAGAUAUUUUGGCUUUGGGGGUCCUGUCGGACUCGUGAACAGCCUUAAACCAAACAUUUAAGUGCUGGAAGGUUUGGAGCAGGAAUGUGUGUAAAAUCCAUCCUUGGGGUGAAAAUGUUCCGCUGUUUUCCUCAAGUCUAUACCACUAGGAUUGUUUAUUAUUGUUGUUUUGGGGUGUUUUUUCUUUUCCUCCUCUCUGUCGGCGUGCUUUGUUGUUUUCUUCUAGUUUGUUUGCACUCUUUGAUUUCUCCGAAAAAAUUGGAAAAGAUCAACCAGAGCACACGGGGCUUCCUCUGUUGCCGCUUCACUCUGGUUACCUUUGAUAAAUGGCAGCAGACAGGAGGAAGAUUUAAAGCACAGAGUAAGAGGAAACAUCCUUUACUCACCUUGAGCCUGGCUCGUUUGAAGCGCUGGCACCCAGUUGGUGAGAGCUUUCAUGGGACAUAAUCGAAGCAGUGAUUUUAUACCAGAGCUGGUGGAAAAUUUUUGCAUCCUGCAUCAGAGUGAAGUACCCAUAUCGCACGUUCAGGGAGGGCAGCUCCAGCUUUGGUUGGAAGGUCUGCCUACUGUAGCAACCACUUUGGCAGAUAACCAACCGAGUGUGUUUUUUAAUUUGAAUGUAACUGUCUGGAAAAUGACUUAAAAGACUUCCCUCCCUGCUCCUCGGUCAUGUGCUCGGGUUCAUCUUUUGAAGUCGUCGCCUAAGAUGCAAAAACACCCGUAACAAAAUAAAUAAAAACCACUGUACUAUACACAAUAUCUGUUUAGGUGGGACCUCGCAUGUCUCGCUGAAGUCUUCCUGCAACAAAAAGCAUUCUGGGUAAUCCCACUAAGAGAAAACAGGAGCCUGGAGAAGGGAAAGCUUCAUUUAAAGAGCCUGUACUCCUGGUCAGAGCUGCUUUUGAUUUGGAUGCUACAGCUUGAGUUUAGUGAAAAAAGAAAAUAUUUUUUUAUUAUUUUGAAGGACUGAGAUACACUUGGAUGGGUCUAUUAUUUUCUUUUUGUUUUCCUCAUUGGUGGAAAUGGUAAAACAGAUGUAAAUGCACCAUAUCCACUUAUUUAUAAAGCAGUGCUGUUUAUUCCACAAGAAAUAUCAUUAAGUUUUCUUUUUGGGAGAAGGAAAAAAGAUGUAUUGAGCUCUCAAUAUAUAUAUACACACACACAUAUAUAUAAAUGUGUGUUUGUUUAAAAAAUCCAUCCAGUGUUUGAGAAACUUGAAUUUUAUUUAAACUUGAAAAAUGACUUUGCCUUAACUUUUCUACAAGACAAGCAUAGAGUUUAUUUCUUUUCAGAAAAGAUCCCCAAAAUGUUAACAAAGCGUGAGAUGUGGAAAUAUUUAGUCACACCAGACGUCACAAGUCUUACUGCGAGAGAGAGAGAGAGAGAGUACAAAUCUAGCAGCGUUUUCUUUCUUUUCCUACUUUUUGUUUUUUUGUUUUGUGUAAAAUGUACGAAAAUCUUGGGUCGUUUUUUUGGUUUCUUGUUCAGUAGUUUUAGGUUUUUUUGAUUUUUUUGUGCAGGGGGGUGGGGGGGGAUAAAAACCUUGUAAUUGCAAAUCUAGUCAAUACUGUAUUAAAUAUGUGCACUUUGAAGUGUGUGCUUUGCUUGUACAGAUGUAAAUACUCAGAAAAAUAUAAGAGGUACCUUAAAAUGAUUAUAAAAAUAUAUUGAUCCUUGUUAACUAUAAUGUCGCUAUCGAGCUGGAUGUAGAAUAUAAAAGAAAAAAAAAAAAGACGUGAUGUCGUGCGUUCGGAAAUAUUUUUCUUUAACUACUAUUGUUUUUCAGUUUGGGUGUGCUGAGUUUGAUUCCUGCUCCGCUCUGCAGUGUGAGCAGGUCAUUUAUUGUAUUGUUUUUUUGUUUCUUUUGUUCUUUCAUUCCUUUUUAUUUUUUUUGCUGUGCGUUCGGUCUCACCUGGAUGCUCAGGUGCGACAGUAACCCCGCCCUCCCCCUCCUCUGUGUUCACAGUCUGUGGUUCCGACAAAGCCGAGUGUCCACCGGCAUCCUCUUUGAAGCUCUGGCUUCUUUUUCUUUCACUGAUACAGUUGAUUUUGGGGGAAUUUUCCUCACAGUGUGUUUGCUUUUUGGACAGUCUGAAUGAAGCUUUUAGCAAAACAAAAACAAACAAAAACAAAGCACUACAUGUUGGAUAUUUACUCUGUUUUUGCCAUUGUUGAGUACUCUGCUAACAAUGCCAAAAGAUGAGACGUGACAUGAAAGCUGCAGCUAAAGGCAUUAAUGCAAAACUUUAGGUAACACUAAUACUUAAGAUGAGAUGUUCAUGCAUAUGCAGCUCAGUAGGCUAUAAUCAAACUGCACUGUGUCCACAUUGGUCGGGCAGCAUGACUAGACUGCAGCUUUUAUUUGAGAAUAUUAGAAAUCCUCGUUCUGGUUCCAAAUAUCCACCAACUCUGCUUAACGACGACCAUCUGAGGGCUUAUUUUAUCGGUUUUUGUCUGAUGAGCUCAAACUCUAUUUUCUCCUUUCUGUCCAGAUUUUAGGAUAAGUGAAUAUCACAGUUUUGGGGGUAAAUUAGAUUUCAGGAAACCAAAAGUCUGAGACCAGGAAGCAUUGAAGCUAGGUUAGGUUAGCAGAAACACUGGACGCCUGGCUCUGUUAUGUUUAAAAAUUUGUUUCUUUAAAUUUCACUAGUCAACACAUUUGAUUUUUGCACAUACACCAGUUUAAAUGUGUGAAAAAAUAAAUAGAAACCAAAUAAAUAGCACAUUUCUGUUGUUAGUCAGUGAACAGCACAUAAAAAAGGCAACUAAACCUCACAAAUCUUUUUGUGUGGCAGACCGCGUGCAUCGGAUUAUUGGUUGUUACGUGUUUUGUUAGAUAAGCCAUUUUUUUUGUUUGUUUUUUCCAAACAGAGCCACGUGCUUUAUUAUAAAGGACAGGCAAAUACCCAAAAUACAUUUUUAAAAAAUUAAGUUUUGUUUUCAUAGAACAGCUAAAAGCUUUCCUGAGAAGGACUAAGCUUCAGUUUUAAAACGGUAAUAGUUUUGCUAGACGUUGUUUCUCAGAUUGAGUGUUUUUCACUGGUUUUUGUGCUUGGCCCUGUCAUGUUUAUUUAAUGGGUUUCUUAGAGCUUUGUAACUGAUUUUUGGAUUUAUCUGUGAUAAAUCACAGCGUUCAGAUUGUACCGACCUGCACAGUUAGAGCCAGAGAUGAUCUUGAAAAGCUAUUCAACUAUCUUUACCCAAACUGAACAGAAAUUUUGCUGCAGACCAACAGGGGGCGCCCUGAGUGAACAGGAGUGAAUGAAGCAGGUUUUGUAGUUUUCACAAUCAUUGAUAAAUUGUCAGAUUAGAAAUAAAACACUUGGUGGGCUUUUAGACUUUGCACAUAAAAUCCCAGUGUUCUAAUCCUUUCAGAUUGACUGGAUUUACGACAGGAAACGCUCUUUUGAUGGUUUCAGUUUUCACACAAUGAUGAGAUGUUAGAAGUGUAGAUGAGCCACAGUGGAAACUUCAGUGUGCGUAUAAUAAGCAGCUGGUGGUCGUGGUGAUGCCAUCAGGAUACCAUCGAGGUGGUUCAUGCUCCACUGAUGUCUCUGGCAGAAAGGCAUUUUACUACAGUCGGAAACCUGUAAAAAUCUAAAAAUUGAGCUUUUAUUCAUCAUUUCAACCACUUCUGUCAGAAACAUGGUGAAGGAAAGUGUUUACUGGAAGUUUAGAGAAUCGGAGGAGUUGAGUAUUUCGAAGUGUGCUGAUAGAGAUCCUGUGCAUGGUAAAGCUGUUCAAGUCCAAUCUGACCAACUUCAGCAAAUGUUGUAUUCUCGGUUUAUCCGUUUCUCUGUGCGUUUGGGUCGGGGUCCAGUAAUCCCUUUGGUCUGAUUUCAUUUGUUAAGCAUUUCAGAUGCUGGACAGAAAACCAGAGCUUUUCAGACAGAAAUCAAUAAAAAGAAACCCUGAACCAUCGAAGCUGGCCAAUCAGCAGCUAAACAGACUUUGACGAACCAUCGGGCGGAUGCUGGUUUGCUGAAAAGAGCGAUGCUUGGUGGACACUUCUUGGUUUAGUCGAGGCGAUGUGAUGUGUGACGCCCAUCAGAAGCUUCCCAGUGAAGCACAUCUUGAACACUCGGCACUUGAGGUGGGAGAUUAUUGCAGCCUGCCGCCAGGUGACGUCGAGUCUCGGGCCGUCGGAUUGUGCAUUUCAUUUUAAAAAAACAUAAAAAAAACAAGGCGACUCGUUGGAGCUAAAAGUUUCCCGCCCAGGUGUCGAUGUGAGCGCGAGACAUCCAAGGAGCCAAAAACCAUUCGACCCGCUCUGUGCAGUUUUGUUUCUUCUCUUCAGAUUAAUGUUUGUGAUUUCUUGUUCAUGUUCAUCAGCUCCAAGGUUUCCUCUCCUGAGAAAUAAAUGUACAAAUGUUUUGGUUUUUUCCUAUGUGCUUUUUUUGUUUUUUGGGGGGGUUGGGGGUAAAAGGCUCAACUGGAAUGAGAGUAGUUUACCUUGUUCAGAGCGAUGUUUCUCACAUACAGUACAUUUAACACGCAGGUUGACAUGUCUGUUAAAACCAUUUGAUCACAUGUUGGACUGCAGUUCGAUGUGGCAAAGAAAACCAAUAACCGUGCCAUUAUACAACAGUCGUUUUUGUCUUGGCUGGGCAGUUUAACCUGUACAUACAUAGCUGAGCGCUUACCGUCUCGGGCUUUUGUUUUUGUUUUUUACUUUAAGAUGUGAUUUUUCCUGUUACUGGAAGCCUGGAGACACCUUCAGUUUGACACCAGUGACUGUAGGAGCGUUUUUCACGCGGUGUAACUCGCGGUGGAUCCCCCGCCUGAGGUCGAGGCGUCGUCUGCCUCUGGUGGCCUCGAACUUUGAGAAUACAAACUGGGCAUCUCUGAACUGUGAAUGUGUGCAUGUGUGGAAUAAAAUAAAAUGUACCACCCAGCUAAUCCAGGCCGAUGCAAAAGUGACUCUUUCCACAAGCGCGGUACCUCAGACUGGAUGGUACCGCUUUCAAAGGGAUCUCUUAUUUUGGCGGGAAAGACUCGCCGCGAGCUCCUUGUGCCUCUUCAGUCUUGCCGGCGUUCAUCCAGAUGCUCAGUGGUGGCAUUUUUGAAGGAGCUCCCUUUUCCUCGUGGACUUCUGCAUGGAGCGUCACACUUCAUAUCAGCCUGUUGGUCGCCUCAGACCUCCUUCCUGUUCGUCCCUUUUGACAGUGCCAUUUUUCUUCUUUUGGGUUUUGUUUGUUUUUGUUUGUUUUGUUUUUGUUUUCCCUCCCGGAGGGUUGCAUCUUGUCGUUUAAAAAAGAAAAAUAGACCCCCUUGUGUUUUUGUGUUUUCAUUUUGUUUUUCAAAGAUGUAUAACAAUGAAUGCACACCAACUGACUGGAAGGACUAUGAACUCACUGUGGUUUAACUCAUUAACACUCUUACCAUGAUACGCUAACAGCUGUGGACAAUCGACGACUCCGUGUUGGGGUUUGGACAGAUAAUUUUGCCUAACGACACCUUUAACAGACGUGGAAUGGAGGUUUGCGAUCAAGAGGGCUUCUCUCUAUUUUCCUUUGUUUUUUGUUUUGUUUUUUUUUAAAUCUGGAUUUGGUUUAUUUUUUUGUUUUGUUUUUAUUUUUAUUUUUUUUUUGUUUGGGUCUUUUCUUCCAUCGAGACUGGAAUCAAGCGUACAUGUCAGCUAUAGAUAAUUUAAGUUACUCUUGUGUCAUGAUGUAAACUGUCUAAUUUGGAGAAAAAAAAUGUAGCUUACUGAAAAAUAAAGAUUUAGGCACUGUUGAGGA